CCUGUGAGGGUUCCGAUGUCAAUGUCAAGGAGGAAAUCAAAAGCGAAGGCACCACUUCCUCCUGCUGAGACAAAGGGCAUGGGUGUCCCUUCUGCGGGGGAGCCUAUAGAAUCGGCUGCUGUCAUCGUGGAGCAAGAUGAAAAUAUGAUCGAUAAAGACAUUGAACUCACAGUGGUCCUGCCUGGAGAUAUUCUCAAAUCUACUACUGUUCAUGGCAGUAAGCCAACGAUGGACUUGCUCGUGUACCUCUGCGCACAGUAUCACUUAAACCCAUCAAGUCACACAAUUGAUUUACUGUCUGCUGAAGAGAAUCUCAUCAAAUUUAAGCCAAACACACCAAUAGGAAUGCUGGAGGUAGAGAAGGUCAUUUUAAAGCCAAAAUCUCUGGACAAGAAAAAGCCUGCACCUAUAAUCCCAGAGAAAACUGUGAGAGUAGUGAUCAACUUUAAGAAAACGCAGAAGACCAUAGUGAGAGUUAGUCCCCAUGCACCGCUUCAAGAUCUUGUUCCCAUUAUAUGCAGUAAAUGUGAGUUUGAUCCACUGCAUACAGUGCUGUUGAAGGAUUAUCAGGCACAGGAGCCCCUGGACUUGACAAGAUCUCUUAAUGACUUGGGACUGAGAGAGUUAUAUGCAAUGGAUAUCAGCAGAGCCCCCUCUGUUACUGCCUUCCAUAAGUCAUCUUUCCAAGAGUCCUGCCAAAUAUCACAAACCCCAGACAUCGUGAAGGAGAAAGAAAACAGAGGGAUUUUCAGCUUUUUCCAACGCAGUAAGAAAAAGCGAGAGCAAACUGCCAGCGCGCCUGCAACCCCACUAGUGAGCAAGCACCGCCCAUCUUUUACGAGGUCCAACACCAUUUCCAAACCCUAUGUUUCCAACACACUGCCCUCGGACGCACCCAAGAAGAGGCGUGCCCCGCUGCCCCCCAUGCCCCCAUCCCAGGGCUCUGCGCAAGGCCAGGAGAGGCGAGCUUCGUGCGUGGUGAGAUCCACCAGUGUGGACGACACUGAUAAGAGUUCCACUGACGGGGUCAUGGUAAGGACAGGGUCACUGCAGCUCAGUAGCUCGGCAGUAGGAACUUUGUCUCUGAAAAGAACGAAGCGAAAAGCACCCGCGCCACCUUCGAAAACACCCCUGCAGCAGAAUGAUGAGAACAGCGCUGCGUCUGAUAAUGCCCUGCCUUCAGAAGAUGGAAUUUCUCCAGACAGCGCUUUGGAAGCAAACUCUCCUGAGGGCCUGUCCAGCCCAGCCGGCUCCCCUGGCCCCGGGUUCCUAAGCCAGGAACGGCGCGCUGUGCCCAUGCCGGAGGAUGAACUCUCGCUCUCUGAGGGCCCUGGGACUCCAGAGGCGGCUGUAGCAGCGUCCUUGACAUCUGGUGUAAGCUCUGAUUACAGUCUUGAAGAGAUAGACGAAAAGGAAGAGCUGGGCGAGUCAUCUAAAGAUCAGGCAGAAGGCAGGUCUGUGAAGUCACCUGACCUCCCUUCGGUAUUGAUGGAGAAUGAUCCUGACUCAGCCCUCGGCCUCAGUGAUGGAGAGGCCUCUCCAAGCUCCAAGGGAAAAAGCCAAGAAGGCAGAAACACAGAGGGACAAGGGCCACAUCAUCCUGUUGUGUGUGACAUAAGCAGUGAAGACACAGUAUCCAACAGUCUAAGGGACUUGGAGACAUCGAGCCCAAACCAAGAGAGCGUUGAAAAUGAAAUUGCCGUCUGUGCCACAAACACAGAUUAUGUGAAAGACAGACUAGGGAAAACAGAAAACGCCAUAGAAACCCCAGAGAAAGCCGUGGACCUGCAAGCUGAUGGAUUGUCAGGCUUUGCUGCAUGUAGAACGGAUCAUGAUAAAAGUUCUAGGGAAAACCAUCUAACAGCACCAUCAGGACCAGAUCAAAAACUGAAUCAGCCAAGUGUAGAAAAGACAAAAAUGCAAGACGCAGCAAUUCAGGCCACUCCUGCCUGCAGCAGUAUUGAUGGGCAUCAUGAAGACCGUAAUUCAUCUGACCUCAGGGUUGAUGAGAGUGUGCAGACUUUAAACAGCAGCAGAUCAACUCAGCACUCCUCCUCAAGUCUCCAAGAUUCUGUAAAUGCCUCAAAAGCAUUCAGGAGUCAGGGCACCCCAACACACGUGCAAGAUAGACUCCCCAUGAAAGAUGCGGCUUGUGCAUAUGGGAACGAUGACCCUUUGUCUCCUGUAGACGGAAGUGAUAAGAAUCCAGCUGCUUCUUACCUAAAGAAUUUUCCACUUUAUAAACAGGACUACAAUCCCAAGCCAAAACCUUCAAAUGAAAUUACAAGAGAGUAUAUACCUAAAAUCGGAAUGACUACUUACAAAAUAGUGCCUCCCAAGUCCCUGGAAAUAGUGAAGGACUGGGGGUCAGAAACAGCGGGGAAUAAAGAUGAACAAAAGGUGCACGCUGUGGGGCAGAAGCACAUGCUUGAGAAUAUGACAGAAACAGCCAUGCAAACAGAAGCCCUUGUUACUUCCAAAGGCUCACAGGAGCCACAGCCUGACCUUAAACCAAAGCCCAGCUUAGGAACAGAACGUCAUUUGCACAGGACUGUGAGCUCCCCCGUUGGUGGGGAGGUGAACCCUCCAAAACCUCCCAGAAUGACUAUGGACACUGGCAGUAUUCCUUUUGCACCAAAUUUGGAAGAUAUAAACAAUAUUUUGGAGUCAAAAUUCAGAUCUAGAGCUUCAAAUCCCCAGGCCAAACCAAGUUCAUUUUUUCUGCAGAUGCAGAAGAGAGCAUCAGGCCACUAUGUGACUUCUGCAGCUGCUAAGAGUGUCCACACUGCCCCCGGGCCUGCCCCCAAGGAACCGACAAUCAAAGAGGUGCAGAGGGACCCAAGGCUCCCUCCAGAGCAGAUUCUCUCUCCCUUAAGCGAAAGGACUCAUUCUGCUCCGCUGCCCAAUAUUUCAAAAACUGAUGAUGAUGUAAUCACCCGGAAGCCUGCUGAGACCUCUCCUCCCCCUGUAGCUCCCAAGCCUGUGGUUCUUCCUGCUGAGACCUCUCCUCCUCCUACAGCUCCCAAGCCUGUGGCUCUUCCUGCUGAGACCUCUCCUCCUCCUGUAGCUCCCAAGCCUGUGGCUCUUCCUGCUGAGACCUCUCCUCCUCCUGUAGCUCCCAAGCCUGUGGCUCUUCCUGCUGAGACCUCUCCUCCCCCUGUAGCUCCCAAGCCUGUGGCUCUUCCUGCUGAGACCUCUCCUCCUCCUGUAGCUCCCAAGCCUGUGGCUCUUCCUGGUAGUCAGGGAGCAUCACUAAACCUGAAGACCUUGAAAACAUUUGGGGCCCCACGACCAUACUCCAUUUCUGGCCCCUCACCCUUUGCCCUUGCUGUGGUAAAAAGGUCACAGUCAUUCAGUAAGGCACGUCCAGAAUCAUCCAGUGAGGGCCUCUCUGCCCAGCCUGCAGCUGACACAGAGGAUGGAAAGGCAUUCGCAAUAAAUAAGUCCGCAGUGGUUCCCCAACAUGAUGAUGUUGAUAAGCAAAAUAAACCUCUACAGAAUGAACAGAGUUCUCAGAUGCUGAGUCCAGCUGAUGGCCCACCAUUCACCCUUAUGAGACAGAGUUCUUUAACAUUGCAAAGCUCUGACCCAGAGCAGGUCCGGCAGAGUUUGCUGACCGCAAUCCGUUCUGGAGAGGCUGCUUCCAAGUUGAAGAGAGUUACUGUUCCAUCAAAUACAAUCUCUGUGAAUGGGAAGUCAGGACUCAGCUAUGCCAUGUCCUCUGAUACCCAGGACAGUCACUAACAUCACCCUGCCGUGACACACUUCACUGACCAGCUUCCUGCCUGCAAGGAAUAUUGGCAACUAUAUAUUCAGAUGUACAUUAAUAUAUAACUCUGUUCAAGAAUAAGCAUUUGUGUUAUGGAUCUAAUGCCAAAAGAAAAAUGACUAGAAUUUAUAAUUUAUAAUAGUGUUUGGUCUUUUUGUCAUAACUAAAUAUUGCUGCUUUAGAAACUUUAAACAAGGUAUAAAUGCCUUGUUUUUUUUUUCCCCACAGUGAAUAAUCACAGCUUAUUGAUUUUUUUCUUUUAUUUAUGGACAUACUGUGUACCAUAAAACAAAGGUAUAAAUUGAGAUUUAUGAAUAUAUUGUAUGACAGAGAAGCAGGCAAGCACAUACUAACAUUUACUGCCUCCGCAUUAGGCUGUAAUUAGAAACAUAAAUUAUAAUAAAGUCUUUUUGCUGAAAUAUACGGAAAACUAGUAAAUCAAAUAAAUAAUGUUCAUUUAUUUUUAUUGAAGAAUCACUUAUUGUGAGACUUAUUUUGUGCAUUCUUUUAAUUACAAAUGAGUGCCAGAUCAAUAGAAAAUAAUAAUAGUAUUUUUUAAAUAUAUAACACUUUAACCUUUGGUAGUUAAAUUGCACAAGGAGACUUUAAGAUGUUUUCUGUAUAUAAUUAUGUUGUUACACAGAUAUUACAUAUUUUCUAAUGCCAGAAGUCUUAAAAUAUUCCUGUGAAAAUGUUGAUAUAUUAUGACAGUUAUUUCACAUUUGGUAUGUAGGGAGAAUAGGGGCUAGUUUGUGUCCGUAUUCAAAACUUUAAAGACUAGUUCGAAGUUUCCAAAAUCCUGAUUUAAUUAAAAUAAAAUGCUAAAUUAGUCAUUUAUGUAGCUCAGACUCUAAUUGUCUAAAUAAUAAUAUAUAUUUUCCUGAAAGCCAAACUGGUUCAGGGAAACAGUGAUUGAUGUGUUGGCUUACAGUGAUCCUAGGGUCUAGAGCACGUUGGUGUCCUGGAUUUCUUUAUGAAUUUAAUUGCUCAUUUAUUCCAGAAAGUGUUGAAACAGCCUGUCGCUGUUUUGACUCUUACUAAAGCUACUGGAAUAUCUGCCAUUUUGACAAACAUGAAUUCUUUUUCCAUUUAAUAAAAGCAAGUUAUAUAUUUGAA